UGGCUCGGGGAUCUUCCGUGCUUCCUGAAUAUUCAGCAGCUGUCACUGUGUGGGUGGAGAGAGUGGGGCUAUAAAUGGCCACAUUAUCCAGCAAAGGUGUGUUCUUGCCACAAACUGGAGCUCAUGAGUCGGAUCAACCUGUGACUGGAACAAACGACAAAAUACAUCACAAUCUUCAUACAGCCUUCAUCAUUGCAUCUCAGUCAUUGGAAAUGGAAAGCAUGCAGGAGUUGAUCCCCUUCGCCAAAGAGAUGCUGAGUCAGAAACCCAGCCGUGGUUUGCUGAAGGUCUACCUGGUGGGUUCGGUGUUUGCACUGUUGGGGACGCUCAUUGGCCUGGUCGAGACCGUGUGUUACCCUUUCUCCUCUGCCGAGUCCAUGGACACAGACAUGUACCUGGACAAAAGAACUGUUGAGGCCGAGGUACAGAGCGAGUUGGAGGGUCAGGAGGAGGAGAAGGAGCUGACUUAUGAAAAAGUGGCUGUGACCGAGAGCACCAACUUCUACAAGACCCAUAAACUCAGCCAGCGGAGCAUAGCCAACCGGUUGUAUGCUUCCUAAAGCCAAAGGGGUCAGCCCCUAGUGACUUGAGAUAUUUAUCAGGGAACUUGCUCCUGCAACACAACACGUACAUAAUCUGAUGCUUUAGAGACAGAAGUGUCUGAGCUGCCUGCCCUUCUGUGCUGCUUUUUCUUCUGUGAUACAAGUGCUGUCGGAAAUGUUUCUCAGUAUGCCUUUAUGCACAUUAAAGACACCCGAAGGCUCCAGUGGUAGCCUACAUGGGAACGUUGACUUUUUGAUAGGUCUCAGUUUAUAGUAGGGAAAAGUGUACAUUCAGUCAGACAGGGAUUGGAAUCCUCCGAUUGGAAGAAUUGUUCAAUGUCAGAAUAAGUUUACUUGAAAAACAGUAAUUUCUUUCUUAUUCAUCCCUGGAGAAAUGUUUUGUUGCUGAAUGGUGGUCUGGAUAUAAAUCUAUAUUCAGGGUUACAAGACAUGAAGACUUAAUGAGCCUUGAAAUAUUAAUGUGUGUUACAUAAAACCCGUUUUUAACAGCAGACAAACAAAACAAAAAGGUUUAUAUUGUUGAUGUUUUACAAUUUUGUUUUACAAGUUGUGAAUAAUGAAGUUAGACGUUUAUGAGCAGUACCUGACGGCAGCUGCUGUGUAGCGUUGCCUGUCGUCUGUUGGAGGUAUCUGAUCUGCCAAUCCACGCACUCUAUGUUCAAGGAGAGCAACUUUAUGUUAUGUGUACUUUACAUAUACAAUCUUUUUUCAUACCAAUAAAGAUGAUUUUUUAAAAUAAAGUCUGCUUUCCCUCUG